UGUAACCAAAGCAAAAAUGGCGGCCGUGUUUUCAAAGUGAGAAAUAUAUUACUCCUCUUCUGUAACGUGUAAAAACAUGCACCAAAGCCUUGAAGACGUAUGUAUCUUGAAAGGAAGAUAAGUGGUGCUUUAUACAAAUGAUGGCCCCAGAUCUGUUUGUUCUUUUUUGACUCGAAAUUCUUAUUUGACUUGAAUGAUUGUAAUGUUAUUUGUCAUUUUGGGAAGUUUACAAAUACCGAAAAAGCGACAUCUAUUUUGCUUGGGGCCAUUACUAGCUCUUUUUGAACAAGCCAAGAAAAUUAUCCAAGUGGUAACAAACAUGAAUAUCAAUGCUAGAAGAUAAGCGACCACCAUUAAUGUGAUCGACUAGACCCGACAAGAAUCAGCUUCAUUUACAAUCAUGGCUCAUUUGCUUGGUACCGAAAGCUGCUUGGAUAGCUUGAGUCGUGAUGUGAGCGAUAUUCAAGCAGUUAUUACAGAUGUGAUCUCGCGCGUGGGACCCGUCCGAUUUCCUUCAUGGAAGUAUCCUGAUAAAGUUUCUAGUGAGCUCGAUAUUCAGGAUCUUCUUGAGCGAUAUUGUUAUUCCGAAGAUGAGGAUCACUGCAAGAUGUCCCACAUUAUUCUGUUCGAGCUGGUUAUUGAUAGACUGGUUCUGUUGCUACAGAGCAUGUCUCACUUCAUAGACCAGACCCUAAAGACCUCAGGAAAGGAGUCCCGGCCUCUGAGCGGAGUACUUGUUGGCUCUGCGAUGUCAGUAGGUCUUGUGGCCAAAAAAUACUGGAACAAGGCUGUCAAAAUGCAACAGAGCAUGCAACAGAUACAGCUAGAGGAUGAGACUAAAAACAAGACACUAUUCAAGAUGGAAGACACUAUUGGCGAUCUUCGUGAUGAGAUAAAGAUGUUUAAACAAGUGCUUGACAAGAAAAGAGGCAAACAUACCUCUGUUAGUGGCAAGAUUAAAAGCCAUGGACAAUCAGCCAGUUCCGCUAGGUUUAUUUUAUCACCUACAGAAAGCCUAAAUCUUAGAAGCCCUUCCCCCAGCCAUGACAUGACCCUCUUGGUUGAAGAUGUCGCAUUUGCAAAGACCCUUCAAGAAUCUGCAACCCAAACUUAUGACACAGCUUUCAUCCCAUGUGAGGCAUGCUCUAGAACUCAGCAGAACCUGUUAGAUGUGGGAAAUAUGGUGAUGAAUUUGUGCGAGUCUCAAGGACUGCUAUCUUCUUUAGCUAAGCAGAAGAAGUUGUUGCGGAAGUCUCUCAUGGCAGCUGCUGAUAUCUCUAGAUGGGCAUCAGAACAGAAUCAGGACUUAGCUAGAAUUAAUAGCCAUCUAGACAACCUCUAUGCACAGAUAAACCCUUUGGAAGCAAAGCUAAAAAGCUCAGAGGAAAGGUGCCAAAGCCUACAGAAAGAGAUUAAAAGUUUAGAGGAUGAUUUCAAUGUUGAAAGGGAUCAAAUGAAGGAACGGGAGGGUGAAUUUAAACAGAAACUACAGAAAAUUGUUGAGGAUAAGGACACACUGCUGUCAGAUGCAGCAGAUGCUAACAAAACCCUUGAAGAAGGCAAGAAGAUGCUCCAGGACAUGGUAGCUAAGCUGAAUAUUACAAUCAAAAGUCAAAAGGAAACAAUGAAAAAAUUAGAAACUGAAAACUCAGGACUGGCUGCUAGUUUCGAGAAAGAGUGUAAAGAAGUUGAGCGGCUGAAAGGAGUCGAUGAGGAGAUUGUCAAUAUUAAGAUUGAGCUAAAUGAUGUCCAGAUAAAACUAAGGGAAACUUCCAUGGAACUUGGCAAGACUCAAGCUAAAAACAGAUCCCUGAUCAAACACGAACAGGCUCUUCAGGGUAAGCAUGAUACUCUUCUACAAAGAGUUGAUGAGCUAGACAGUGAGUGUGAGGACCUGAGAGGCCGUCUCAUGGAUGUUGAGGGGGAAAGGGAUGACCUGCAAGACUCCCUAGAGACUGCUGAAGGCAAAACUAUCAAGCUAACACAGGAAUUAGAUGAAAAAAUGAAACUCAUUGCGGGCAUAAAAGAGGAAAAGCAAGGUCUAGUAGCGGAGGUUGAGCAUCUUCAGAAGAGCUCUGAGGAGCUUCAGCAGCAGCUUACAGACACAGAGGAGAAGCUGCAGAUGGUCAUGGAGUACCCCACUAUGGACGGGUCGACAGGACAUGGUGAUGCUAAUGGUGGUGGUGAGGUGACAGAGCUUGACGUAGUGAAGGACAUGGAGCGACAGGUGAUGGCCAACAAUAUCCGCAUUCAGCUACUGGAAGAACAGAACGACAAGCUCAGAAGCUCAAUUACUUUACUUAUGAAUGCCUCUGCAAACGCUCCUAGAAAAACGGCUCAAGAUCCAAUGACAUUAUGGAGACCACAGAGCUCAUACAAAGAUGACAAGCGAAAGUACAGGACACCAAGUCCGGGGUGCUUCAUCGACUCCCCACCACAAGACAAGACAUCCAAGAGGCCACCAUCGGCUCAAAGGCAACUUUCAGCCGUGGACGAGUACACUACCUUCUUGGUCCAGCCACGCCCGCCUCCCAAACCUCGUGCGGAGUCUGCUAAGACCCGACACCACAGCCCAGGUGCAUCACGGUUACAAGAGAAGCGAGACUCGGCAUCUCUGAGCGCCAAGCUGGCCGCUAGUAGAAACCACGUGCGUGACCACGUGCAACCGGAAGAUGAAGUGUUCUCUAAGCCUCGUGUAAAGGAAGGGAAGAACCGGGUCAAAAGCCCGUCUGGGUACUCGCCGGUUGAUAUGUUUGUCUGUUCCGGGUGUGACAAGAUGUAUAAUAGCCAGAAGGACUUGGACAUCCACAAGUCCUUCUGUUACGGAAACGUCAUGGCUAUGUCAUAGGAAGCUACUAAGAAGAAGCCGUGCUGUGACGGCGUCACGUAACGAUUCGUGGAGGAAGCUGCCGUAGCCUGACCACGUGAGAACGCUAGCGUGACGUAACCGGAAGUUAUCGAGAUGUGGCCACUUCUCGACGAAAAUCACUUUGAAAACCAUGGCGUGACAAAAGCCAGCGUGACAGACCUCGCCCUUAGACCCUUUUUCAUUCCCCACUCUCCCACAAAACACAUUGUCCGGUAGGCUUAAAGGAGUGCUCGGGAAAGAGUGGCUGAGGCGUACAGUGUCCGGAAGCGGGAGUGGUCAGAGAGAGCCGCAGAGGCGUACAGUGUCCGGAAAGCGGGAGUGGUCGGAGAAAGCGGCAGAGGCGUACAGUGUCCGGAAAGCGGGAGUGGUCGGAGAAAGCGGCAGAGGCGUACAGUGUCCGGAAAGCGGGAGUGGUCAGAGAGAGCGGCAGAGGCGUACAGUGUCCGGAAAACGGGAGUGGUCGGAGAAAGCGGCAGAGGCGUACAAUGUCCGGAAAGCGGGAGUGGUCGGAGAGAGCGGCAGAGGCGUACAGUGUCCGGAAAACGGAAGGGAGUGGUCGGAGAGAGCGGCAGAGGCGUACAGUGUCCUGAAUACGGAAGGGAGUGGUCGGAGAGAACGGCAGAGGCCUUGGACACUAUAAUAAUCAAUAUUUACGCAGAAUUGCUUGGGAAAUUUCGCGUUUACAGAAACUUGAAGCACUUCGUUAAAAUUUAACUUUGAUGACACAGGUUGAACAUUAUGUUGAUUUCAAACUAUUAUGUUGUUACACACUAAGUUGAACACUGAUAUUAUAUUUGUGAAACACUCUUAAUAAAACUAAUAAACUAAUGAAAUCACCCCUCUCUA